AUGUUGAAUAAUAAUUCACCUAACAUAGUCACAUCUGAAGAUGAGAGUAUUACGUCAACUAGUGUAACUAAAAGAAAACUAGAUGAAGGCGUUGAUCAAGAUCUGAAGCCGACAGAAUCUCAACCAAAGAUUUCUAAACGGUUACCAAAUGGAAGUGGCAUUAAUUUAGUUUCAUAUGACUUUGACCACGAUGACGAGUAUAGCCAAUCUGAUUGUAGUUCCUCCGCGGAUGCUGGCGACGAAGCAACUAAGGAAUCUUAUCUUCCAUCUAAUGUUGCAAAUCUUCCUUUUAUGAAUACUGAUGGUGGUCCAGUUACUGUUCUUAGCUCGGAGCACAUUGUAGCUGCUCAUGAUUCACCAGCCGAUUUAACUGACGGGGGUGCUUCAGCUACUGAAUCGCCUGCAGAAAAAGACAAUUCAUCAUCAGAUAGUGCCUCUCCUUUAAAAGAAGAAUCAGAAACCGUUAAAGAUGAAGACGAUGUUGUCCUUCCUCCGGAACCUUCAGAAAUGUGCAGCUUGGAUUUGCAGAAUAAAGUAGAAACUACUAUUCGACGAAUGCAACAUGAUAUUAGCUUCGAUCUCAAUCGCAUGAUUCAGGAUAAUAAAUUCUUCCGAAAUCCAAGUAUUUACAAGAAGUUGAUCAGCUUUCUGGGUAUCGAUGAAAAGGGGUCGAAUUUUUCUAAGGACGUCUACGACCCCUACCGCUGGGAUGCCAACUCGUAUUAUGACAAAUUGGCUGAGAUCCAGAAUCGGGAAGUGGAGCGUCAGGAUAAGCUCCAGAAAGAGCGUCGCAAGGCCGAUGCUACAAACGCUAUUCCUGACUCAACUACGGCUUCCGGUGCCACAGCAGGGCUUCAUCGUACGGCUAGCGGAACUGAAGUGAAGAAAAAGUCCAAGUGGGACACUGCUGGACCCGUUGAUUCAUCCCAACUGCCACCUCCAAAAGUUGCAGAUCCACUGAGUGGCAGUGCAGUUGGUGGAACUGCCAAGGUCACUAUUCCUGCUAUAGGUGAUCUGUUCCACAAGAAGUAG